AUGCAUUUGAAAUCAACUUCAGUCGUAGUCCACGGAGCCACCCAGCUGGGCAACGACCUUAUCCGCAAGCAGAAUAACUUUGAGAAGAAGGAUCUUGAGGGCUCUCACUUCCUUCCAACCUUCGGACUGGACGCAUUCACAAUUGUUUCGAGGAUCAAGGGCAUCCCAUUCAAGGUCAUCAGCCAUAACUCAGACGAGAACAUUGGCUCCUUUGCAGUAGGCAAAGACCUCUACGUAGCCAACUUCAUCUGGCCAGACAAAACCAACAUCCACGAGAAGAUAGCAUGGUACGAGGGAUCUGGCAGUACCGACUUCGUCCUAUGCUUUGGAGACUCCAACCGACAAAAGUCCCAGCUAUCUCAUCUUGGGAAAAUGAUAUGCCUGUACAAUGUCCCUAAAUUGAUCCAGGUAAUCAACAAUAGGAAACCAUCCUUGAUCGCCAACAACUUUCAGUGCGAUAAGUCGACCAAGCUGGACCCAAAUUGGUCGACCAAGAAGAAGGGGACCACUCCAGCCAGCAAGCCAGCACCUUGUGACGCCGUCAUGAUAACAAUCCAGAAAGAUCGAGCAGAUUGGCAUCUCAACCUGAACAAUCAGCGAGGAUUCCACUUCUUAACGACAGAUGGCAACCCAAUUGACCCAGAUCCAUCCCCCAAGACAGCCUCCUCCAGCUCUGCAAAGAAAACAAUGUUGAUGCAGACCUCUUCCAAUGUCAAGUAUUGGCAGCCACCAGCCCAGAGACCCGAGCCAUCAGAGGAUAAAGAAGAUGUUGACCAACUCUCCACCAUCAGCCACGACACUCGCAUCAACAUAGCCAAGAGGGAAUUCAUGGCGAUCUACUUGAACAAGAAGGUGAAGAAUUUACCAUACUCCUAUUUGUCUCUGGCGAACUUCUAUUGCCCUCAGAGCCCACAGUGCACCCAAACACUGCGUACACCGUAUGACUGA